GCGCCGGGGCCGGAGGCCGAGCCGGGCGGUGCGGGCGGCGGUGCGGGCGGCGGCUGAGCACCAUAAGGGACUGCUAUAUUUGAUGCUGUCGGGAGGAUGGUCGGGAGAGGCUGAGAAUCAGGCGAGGGAGAGGCUGUGCCACAGCAGCGAUUACCUAAAAGGAGACCUAAUAGUUUUUGAUUCAGUUCAGCUCCUGAGCAUCAUCACUUUUCCUUCAUACAAGAACUAUUUUGUGCAGAUUUCUGUUUUGAAGAACAACAUCUGUACAGCCAAUAGGAGAAUAGAGGCUAAGCUUUAAUGAAGAAACGUCAGCGUUGCUAACAAUUGCACAAAGAGGGACUGAAGACCUUUGAGACCAAUGAUGUGGUUGUCAUGGAAACUGUUUCUGUUUCUGUCAAUCACUGGGUGUCUUUCAGAAUAUUCAGAAGCUGUUCCUGGCCUCCCCACUUCAUAUGCUGCUAUCCUAAGAAUUAAAUCUGGCAGCUCACCUUUAGCCUCGUUUAAUUCAAAGAACAGACCACGAUUAAGCAGCCCUUCAUUAGGAAGUGUAUCUUCUUCAGGCUGGAGAGGAGCUGCACAACAUUAUCACUCUCCAACAAAUCUCUACCAUUUCUCAGAGUCCUUCAAACAUGAUGAAAGUGUCGAUUAUGGACCGGUGUUUGUGCAAGAGCCAGAAGAUGUGAUUUUUCCCACUGAUUCAGAGGAGAAGAAAGUGUCUCUGAAUUGUCAAGCUCGUGGAAAUCCUGCUCCCACAUACAGAUGGCUUCGAAAUGGAACUGAAAUCAACAUUGAAAGUGACUAUCGCUACAGUUUAAUAGAAGGAAGCUUGAUCAUCAGCAACCCCAGUGAAAUGAAGGAUUCUGGACAGUAUCAGUGUUUAACUACCAACAUAUUUGGCAGUAUAUUAAGCAGAGAGGCCAUUCUUCAGUUUGCAUAUUUGGGGAAUUUCAGUGGUCGGACAAGAAGUGCUGUCUCCGUGCGGGAAGGUCAGGGAGUUGUGCUGAUGUGCUCUCCUCCACUUCACUCACCAGAGAUCAUCUAUAGUUGGGUAUUUAAUGAAUUUCCAUCUUUUGUGGCAGAAGAUAGCAGACGUUUCAUCUCUCAGGAGACUGGCAAUCUCUACAUCUCCAAAGUGCAAACAUCUGAUGUUGGCAGCUAUAUAUGCUUGGUAAAAAACACAGUGACAAAUGCCAGAGUUUUGAGUCCUCCUACACCUUUGACACUGAGAAAUGAUGGUGUGAUGGGAGAAUAUGAACCAAAAAUUGAAGUCCAUUUUCCCUACACAGUUACAGCUGCUCGAGGAACUACUGUUAAGAUGGAGUGUUUUGCACUUGGCAACCCUGUUCCAACAAUUUCAUGGAGGAAAGUUAAUGGUCAUAAUCCAAGUAAAGCCCGCCUGAGAAAAUCCCAAGCUGUGCUUGAAAUACCUAAUGUGCAGCUAGAGGAUGCAGGGAUGUAUGAAUGCAAAGCUGAAAACUCACGUGGAAGGAAUGUCUUCAGAGGACAGCUGCAAGUGUACACCUACCCACACUGGGUGGAGAAACUUAAUGAUACUCAGUUAGACAGUGGAGAUCAACUCCGAUGGGAAUGCAAAGCCACUGGAAAACCGCGGCCUACGUAUCAUUGGCUGAAAAAUGGAAUUCCUCUCUGGUCACAGAGCAGAAUUGAGAUGGUUAAUGGUGUACUGAUGAUCCACAGUGUGAAUCUCUCAGAUGCUGGAAUGUACCAGUGCUUAGCAGAAAAUAAGUAUGGCACCAUUUAUGCCAGUGCUGAGCUGAAGAUUUUAGCUUCAGCACCCACUUUCCCAUUAAAUCAAAUGAAGAAAACAAUAAUUAUUACCAAGGGCCAAGAAGUUGUCAUCGAGUGCAAACCACAAGCUUCUCCAAAGCCAACUAUCACUUGGAAGAAAGGAGACAAACCACUAAGGGAGAGUAAGAGGAUAACUAUUCUUCCGUAUGGGAGCCUGCGAAUCCUGAAUGCUUCCAAAUCUGAUGAAGGACGAUAUUUAUGCCAAGGUGAAAAUGUAUUUGGGUCUGCAGAAAUCAUUGCAUCAGUAUCUGUAAAAGACCCUACAAGAAUAGAGCUGACUCCCAGGAAGACAGAGCUAACAGUUGGAGAAAGUAUUGUCCUUAGUUGCAAAGCCAUCCAUGACAGCACUCUAGAUGUCACCUUCUACUGGACACUCAAUGGGCAGCCCAUUGACUUUGAAAAACAAGGUGGACACUUUGAAAGCAUCAAGGCACAAGCAUCCUCGGCAGAUUUAAUGAUCAGGAACAUCCUUCUGGUGCACGCUGGGCGCUACGGCUGCAGGGUAGAGACCGCGGCAGACACGGUAUCGGAUGAAGCAGAGCUGCUUGUUCGGGGUCCUCCAGGUCCCCCAGGGGUUGUGAUAGUGGAAGAAAUUACAGACACCACAGCAACACUCUCCUGGAGUCCUGGGGCAGACAAUCAUAGCCCUAUCUCCCUCUACAACCUACAAGCACGCAGUCCAUUUUCACUUGGCUGGCAGACUGUAAAAACAGUUCCAGAUGUCAUAAGUGGUGAUAUGGAAUCUGCAAUGGCUGUCGAACUGAACCCUUGGGUGGAGUACGAGUUUAGAGUUGUUGCGACUAACAAAAUUGGGACCGGUGACCCAAGUGCACCAUCCCGAGUGAUUAGAACCAAUGAAGCAGUUCCAAAGACACCUCCAGCUAAUGUAAGUGGCAGAAGUGGUAGGCGACAUGAAUUAGUAAUAGCAUGGGAGCCAGUGUCAGAAGAGUUUCAGAAUGGAGAAGGAUUUGGGUAUAUUGUGGCUUUCAGACCCAAUGGAACACGAGGUUGGAAAGAAAAAAUGGUGACAUCUUCAGAUGCCUCAAAGUUCAUCUAUAGAGAUGAAAGUGUGCCACCUCUGACUCCUUUUGAGGUGAAAGUUGGUGUCUACAAUAACAAAGGAGAUGGUCCAUUCAGCCCUAUUGUGGUCAUCUGCUCAGCAGAAGGAGAACCCAGCGCUGCUCCCAUCGAUGUCAAAGCCACGAGUUUGUCUGUAUCAGAGAUUCUUGUUGCGUGGAAACAUAUUAAAGAAAGUCUAGGAAGACCACAGGGAUUUGAGGUUGGUUACUGGAAGGACAUGGAGCAGGAAGAAGCAGCAGAAAAAGUCAAAACUGAGGGAAAUGAAUCAUCCAUCCUCUUGACAGGAUUAGAAGGAAACACAUUAUAUCACCUAACCGUGAGGGCAUACAAUGCUGCAGGGUAUGGACCACCAAGCACUGCUGUGCGUGCAGCAACCAAAAAGUCCCCUCCCAGCCAAGCACCAAGCAAUAUUAUGUGGAUACAAGACGGCUCUCACGUGUCUCUUGGAUGGGAGCCAGUCAGACCUCUAGCUAAUGAAUCUGAGGUAAUGGGAUACAAGGUGUUAUUUAGGCAAGAAGGCCAGAGCAACAGUCAAGUUAUAGAAACACAGAAAACUUCUGCAGUGGUACUUCUUCCUGAUGUUGGUGUCUAUAUUAUUGAGGUGUGUGCAGUCAGUGAAGGAGGGGAUGGGACUGCUAGUCCUCAGAUCAGAGUUCCAUCUUUUUCAGGAGGAAAAGUAACGAGUGCUCAAUCUACUUUACAUGCAUUCUCUACUUCCUCACCCUCUGUAACAUUGCUUUUGGCCCUGAUGGUUCCUUCCGCCACUUGGUGAAGACUUCAGACUUCAUCGUUGUUGUUGUAUGUUUGCUUUAGCUUGAUGACACCCAGGGAUGGAGUCUUAUGUCUGUGGAAAAACUGGCAACCCAAGCUAAUGCUCAAAGACCCAUAGAAAUACCUGUGGAGCACUUCGAGGAGUGCUGGGGAUAUGGUCAAUUAAUUCAUCAGUUUUUUUUUUCUCUUCAGUUUCUUUUUUUAAAAAGUCCUCUGGGGAGGGGACACUUACUGGCCCAAAAAUAUGCAGGUUGUAUGUAAUAAACUUUUGUAAGCAAAUGUAAUUUCUGUCAAAUGUACUUUACUUUUUUAAUAUAUUUAAUUUGGUGACCCAGUCAUCUAUCAUUAGAUGUUUGAACAGUGGUGUCUAGUACUGUACAUCUGUUUGGUUUGGAAAAAAAAUCUUUUUUAAAAAAGAGGAAAAGUUUGAUACAGCUUUGUCUAUUGCUUUUGUUGCAUUCCCUGAGGUUGAUUAUUCGCACUAAAAAGACAGAAAGAGAGAAAAAUAUACUUCAGAUAUAUAAUCCACUCCAAAAGUACAAAGAUUUUGUUCUGAAAAAGUACAAAUACGUAUUAAAUUAGCAAAAAUUUGUCAAUGCAGUAUUAGGCAGCACACUCAGAGAGUAAGAAAAGGGAGCAGAAAAGAAUCUUGUUUCAUUGCAAGAUAGCCUGAAAAUGAUUAAACACAGACUUAAAUGGAAACAAGUGCUAUUGUUUUUCAUCAAAUGCCAUGUGAUGUAAUGUUGAAGGAAUCAGAUAUUUAUUCUCAAUAGUAAGUACAAAGUCUACUCCUAAUGCAUACAACAAUGAAAUACCCACUGAGCAUUUAAGCAUAAUAUAUGCAAGCUGCCGAGUGGACGAAUAAAACAAUGCAAGCAGGUAAACCUAGUUUUUCCAACCACUUCUUAGUCAUAAACAUUCUUUUUCCUCCAAGUUCAUUUUUUAGUAAAAUUAUGUACUUCCCAUAUUUGAUAAUUAAGCUAAAGCUCAGUUGGUUAGAGCAUGGUGCUAAUAAUGCCAAGGUUGUGGGUUCAAUCCCCAUAUGAGGCAUUUGUUUGAGGGCUGGACUAGAUGAUCUCCAGAGGUCCCUUCCAACCUUACCAAUUCUAUGAUUCUAUGAUUCUAAAGUAUGUAUGAAACCAUAUUAUGAAGAGAACAUUAACUUUUUAUGAAAUGUAGCCAUUCACACAUACAGACUCCAAUAGGUUAUGUUUUGGAGAAUGGUGUCUCCAAAAAAAUGCUUGGAUAAAUACUACUGAGCAUCACCCCACUUAUUUAGUUGACUGGUUCUAUUUCUAGGGAUCACUAGGUAGAAAUUAUUCUUGUAGGGACUGUGUGCUGUCCAUUUUAAUCUCAGUCUUGUUUGCUGUACCAAAAAGUUUUCCACUCAAUAGACAAUUUGGACAUUUUUUUCUACCUUUAAACCAGAAUGAACCCCAGUGUAAGUGGUGUGCGUGUUUGUAUAAUAUAGUGUGUGUGGUGUUAUGAGGAAGGGUGUUUUACUACCUAGGGAUUGUGCCUAGGGUGAACGUUCUCUUGUCUAGGAAAAAUCAAGUGUAUGAUGCUCAAAACAGUUUAACAGGUACGUCCUAAUAGCAUAGUUCUUCUAGCUGUCCAUCCCUCUAAUAGAUUUGAUGCAGAUCUGUUUUGAUUGAUGGGUUCUGUGACAAAAAUGUUAUUAUUUUGUUAGCUUUACAGUACACUCUAACUGUGCCCUUUCGUAGCACCUUUAAAAAUAGUAGCCAAGAAAGUACAAUGCAGAUCAUGUGCUUGGUAGAUAAAGCUGGCUUUGACUAACUUAAUUUUGUCUUUUGACUGUUUUGACAGUAUAAUUUUUCAGAGGUGAUUCAGCUCAUAUCCUUGCUAUCCACUAAUAAUAUUAAAUCAAACCCAAAAAAGAGGUUUUAAAUGUCAUCAUGUUUCUAGGAAAGCAAAGGCACAAUGACUAGCUGAGCAUGAACUGUUAUGUAGUUACAGACAGAAAAAGACUCUCUAUCUCUGCUUUUGGAAUAGGAGUUUGAUGAGAGAAAGGAAGGUGGAAUGCAUCUUGCUGGUAGAGUAAACUCAAACAAAAAUAGCUACAUGCUGUGAUGUGCAAAACAGCAGCAUUUCCACUGUGCAGAGAACUUGCAUUAGCAGACCAUCAUGUUUCAGAGGAUUAAAAUCAACAAGAAUAAAGUGAUGAACCAAAAAGUAAAAUGGCUAUUUUAUCAAUCAGCUAAGCAUAAUUCCCUCUAUUUUUUAUACAGUUGCUUGCCAAUGCGGUUCAUUUCAGAGUAUUCAGAAAGGUUACAAUCACUGCUGGUGGCACAAUCCACUGCUGGUUAAACAACUCUAUGAAUACAGAAAAUGGCUGUGCUUUGUAAGACGAAUAAAACUCUGAUAAAGACAUAGAGCUGCAUCCUGUAAUAUUUCAACCUGUAGUAUCAAGAUAUAGAUAAAAAUACUGAACAUACCAUCAGGUAAUGUAGUUGUAUUGCAGGGACAAAAAGGGGUAUGUUUUAUAUUUAACAUGAACAGAAUAUGUAUUUUGCAUCUUAAAUAUAUGAAUAAACAUGUUUUAAAUGUUUAAGUACCUAUGUAUUACAUAUUUGUUACUUUGUAGAAGAUGUUUCCUUAUCAUGACAUUUUACCUUUUAUUUUUUAGCUGCAAUGGAGAGCUCUUCCUUCUUUUCAUGUAAAAGGUUGUAAUAGUGCAGUCUAGCGUCACUGAGGAGACUGUAUUUUUGUACAUGCCACAAGACAUGUUUGGGUAAAAAUAGUUAGAAAGAAACUUUGUUGCCGACUAAAAGAAAGUUACUGUCAUGGCCCAUAUCAAAAUGUUAGAUAUAUUGUAUACAAUCUGUAUAUAUACUAUAUAUAAUGGUAUAUACUACAUGGAAGA